CUGGUUUGUGGUAACGGCUUUGAGGUCAUAUUCGCUACGAGACUGGACCCUAUUGGAUAGAUUUUUUUCUGUGCUGCUCCGUUUUAACUGUUAGUUGUUGGCAAUAUGAAUCAAACGACUGUGUCUCCAAUGGAUGGAUCCGGAGGGGAACCUGAUGAACCCAAUUCACUCUUUAUUUGGGUGUCUGUCGGCGCUGCAGUUGUAUUUCUCGACCUAGCCGUACUUUUGGGCUGCUUUUACUGCAAGCUCCGACGAAUAGAGCAACUAUCCUACAGACAAGCAAGACGCGGCAUAUCACAAAACGCUGUAUCAACUCCGACAUCAGCCCACACAUAUGAGUUGGCCAGCAAAGAUCGUAAACGCAGCUCCAGUCAACAUUACGAUGAAAUAUCUACACGAAAGUCAGAGAAGGUAACUGCUUCAACCUCAACGUUAAUGGUGGUGAGCAAUCCUUCUUAUGAAAACUGUGCACUCGAUCUUCCACCUCCUCCUCGCACGAAUAAUGGAAAGAGUCCGUCUCCGACGAAAAAGCCAAAGAUUGCAACUAGCAAGCAUAGCCAUAGUGCAGACCCCAAAGAACAUUGCGUGUAUGAAAACUUAGCGAUAAAAAGGAAUUCGGUGUUGGCGCUACUAACGUUGGAGAUCACGAAUGAAUUCGGGCGCAGAACCAAAAGGAAAUCAAAGAAGAAAAACCUGAAGGAUUAGAAAACAAACACGUUGUAUUGGGUAUUCCUGUUCCGGUUCAGAAUUAAAGCAAAACAUUGCCGUACCAGAUACGUAAUAAACAUAUGGGUAUUUUGAACAUGUGGUAUUAGACGAUAGUAAAAGAAAAUUGUACUAAAAAUGAUGUUUAAUC